UCGAUCAUUUCCCAAAAUAGUCAUUUAUUCUAUAAAUUACCUGCAUUAAGCAGCCACCUGCUGUAAACAGCCACUUUUCCCAACACCCUUGGCUGGCUGUUUAAGACAGGUUUUAUGGGAAAAUGUUGAUGUAUGUAAUUCGCAUUCGCUCGUGCCACUUGGAAGAGUAUAAAUAUGAGUAUGUAAUUCAGGUAUUGAUGUUUUCAAGCUUCUGUUUGAUUUGUCGGUUUGUAAUUUCUUUACUUUUCAAAUAUUACACAUCAUUCUAAAAUUCUUGAGUUGAGGAAGUAGGAACUUUUAUUCUGGAAUUCACUUUUAGACUGGUGUAUCCAGUGCCUGGCUUAUUUUCAUGUUGAAUGAUUCUAUACAGAUAUUUAUGUCGGAACAAUGCUGAAUUACCUGAAGAUAUUAGUCGACAAGCGUCGACAGCGAUGAAAAUUUCAUCGGAAAUUGCUUCAAGUAUUUUGGUCCGAGUGUUUGACGCGAGUGGGGAUAUUGCCCAUAUGAAAAAAUUAUCUCAAUAUUUCCUAGGAUGGCGUCAAAUCAGUUGGACUACUGACUAUAUAUAUAUAUAUAAUCACAUGGAAAUGGCAGUCAUUCCGUGUGUACUACAUGUACAUUAUGACACAGUUGUAAAUGAUGAUGAUUAUUGUUGUUUGAACUUGCUGUAAAAUUGGAGCACUUGCACUUUAGCGGUCCCUAUAAUAAUAGUAGUUUAAUAAUGUCUUAAAUAUUAAAAGUUAAAAGAGGUAACUUUAUUUUGAGAUGAAUAUGUUUGGGGGCUGCCGCCCCCACAUCCCUGCUUUGCCCCAUAUCCCCCAACUUGCUGCGCAUGCGCAUUGUAAACUUCCGGGGACCACUAAAGUGCAUUCUACCCGUAAAAUUAAUUAUUCUAACAUGAUCCGAUUCAUUUUCUUAUUAAGCAAAGAAGACAGAAAACAGUGAAUUAUUAUACAACAAAUCACUGUUCUGACGUCACAGUUAUUAUGUCAUGGCGUCAAACGGCAUAGUGGCGCACUGGGAAAGAAACAGAUUGAAAACGGGUUGAUGACAUCGCAACUAUAGUUUGCACCCACCUGAGUGCUGUAGGCACAAGCGAUUUUUACGAACCUGAACUGAUGAAAAAAGGUUUUACAUCAUACUCCGAUAUGAAUGCUUAUGAGACUAGAACUUUGAUAAGAAGUCUUCGCGGUAUUCAACCGGCCAUUAUAUUGGGUGAUUUUAACACAGGUUUUGCAUAUAAACCUCAGCUUCGCUCGGUAAUACCAGACAGCUACGUUGAAAUGCUAAAAAGAUUUACCACAAGGCCAGCUCUGAAGUUUACGUACCGUGACCCUUCAAACAGAAAGAUUCAGUCUGUUAUUGACCAUAUUUUUGUCAAGAACCUUAUCAUACGUAAAACCAAGAGAGUGUUUGGUCCCAAAACUGGAGAGGCUUUAAUAAGUGAUCACGUUGGUGUGCAAGCCGUGGUGAAAGCAGCAUGAUAAUUGCACCGAGGAACAUACAGCAUUUUAAAAUCUUUUGACUUAUGUGUUAAAUGUUUUGUGUAGAUCACUUAUAAAGAAUAAGAUAUCAGCAAAAUACAAACCUGAAUGAAA